ACAGUGCGACUGUGAGCGACGUGGAGACAUUGGAUCCUAUUGUUUUCAUAACACAAGCAGCUGUAGGCACUGAGUGUGACUGCAAACAGCAACGGUAAAGCACAGGGCCCCCGAGCAGAACGCAUCUGAAGCUAAUAGAACUCAACUUGUAUUGGUGUGAGCAGCUUAGAACUUGCAGGAUGAAAUGAUCAGGGGUCCCAGCCUUAAGAGGAGGCAGCUGCAGUCAGAUCUGACCAAGAGGUGACCUUGUGUUGCCAUCACAGUCCAGAGGAGGUGACCUGAAGUAUCUGAGACAUGAGUGCUGUAGAGCCAGAGGGGACAGAGCAGGGGGACACUGCUCGUCCUCAGGAUGAUGGCAUGACCUGGUGGUAUCGAUGGCUGUGCCGUCUCGCAGGUGUCGUUGGCGGUAUAGUGUGUGCCAUAGCCGGUCUGUGGAACUGUGUCACCGUCAACCCUCUAAACAUAGCUGCGGGAGUCUGGAUGAUGUUGAAUGCUUUCAUCCUAAUGCUCUGUGAGGCUCCAUUCUGCUGCCAGUUCAUUGAAUUUGCAAACACUGUUGCUGCAAAAACGGACAGGAUGAAACCCUGGCAAAAGGCACUGUUUUACUGUGGGAUGGCGCUGUUUCCAGUGUUUAUAAGUUUCACUUUAACCACCUUCCUCGGUAAUGCGAUUGCUUUUGCAACAGGCGUUCUGUAUGGUCUAUCUGCCUUAGGCAAAAAGGGUGACGCUGUCUCGUACGCAAAGCUUCAGCAAAUCAAGAAGCAACCGGAUGAAGAGAAGGAGAUGGGAACUUGAAUCUUGCCCUGAAAACAAUUUGAUCAUUUUUUCUUGUAGUUUUUGGGGGUUUCCGGUUGGUAAUUUACUCAUUGACCACUAGAGGACAUACAACGUGGGUAUGGGACAGUUUAUAUUAUAUCCGUUAUUAUUCUUCUGUGGACAACAAAAUUCCUGUUUUUGAAUAAGGAAGAUCUUUUUUUCUUCUUCAAUGUGCUGGAUCAUUAAGGUAAAAAGAAGGAAGAGCGAAUAACAGCUGAACUUUUUUGUGAGGAAUUCAUCUUCUUUAAACCUUGUUACACUUUUGGGUUGUAUGACGUGUAGAUUUAGUAUUUUACAGUGAUUUUUUAGGAUCCAACCUAGUUAUUCUCUUGCAGCGCAUCUCAGCUGGUUAUCCCUUGAGAUAACAAUGUUACUAUUUAUAUUGCAUUGUGCUGUGAAAUGAAAAAAAGGGACAUUACAGAAUGUGUCUAUAAAAGGGAAGGGCAGCGGAUUUAGCCACGCCGGCUGUGUUACACUUCAGUGCAAACUACUUUGUUUUGCUUUCAUUUAACGUGACUGAUGCACUUCAGCAAAGAUUCCUUUGUAUAAAGCACACGCAAACUAAGAGGUCCUGCACCCUGUGAAGGGUCAUCCUGUAAUGUUAGCUAGAGCUGAGCUUUAGCUGUUUUGUAGACUUAUUACUGAAAUGUCACUAUUCAAAAAGUUGCAAUGAAAUGGUGGUGAUUCUGCAAUGUCACAAUUUUAAUUUUUUAUUUGCUUUCAUUAUCAAUAUAAAUGUAGCAACAUGCUGUUUACCCCUUAAAGGGACCGUGUAGUAAAAAACAAAAAUGGAUGAUUUAAAUGCAGCAUUAUGGGGUACAUUUACCAUUCUGCAGGUGGGCAAGUAGUGAACCUGUUUGUCUGCAUUCACUACUUGCGGUUUUGCAUCACAGGGUGGAAUUUAUCAUUGCACAAGAGGAUUCAGGGCUGAAUAUAACGUCUCACACACUGCUCUGUGAAAUAUGAUCCUGCUUGUAGGAGACUUUCACAGAGGUGUGCGAGACUUUAUAUUUCGCCACGGUGUGUGCAGAGGCAGGAGGCCUUAUUUUAGCCUGUUACAUAUGUGUAUUCGUGCUCCUGUUCUGAUUAAAAUAAAACAAUGGCAGUUUCUUAGUGUUUCGCAUCUGUAUAUCCUGCAGGGCAUGUCAGCUAGUUAUCCUGGCUGUGAGAGCGCGAGUUAGGGAAAACGCCUAGCUUUGGUUAGAGAGAACAUUAUGUACGUAUUCAUUCUAAAUACAAACCCAGCAAAAUUGUACUCCUUUUUCAGGGCUUUAGCUGUAAAAAAAAGUGAUACAGGUAUUUUACAAAUGUUACAUACACAUAAUGCUUUAUUUAAAUCAUCCACUUUCUGAUUUUUGACUACACUGUCCCUUUAAAGGGACACUCAAUAAAAAAUAAACUUUAAUUAUUCAGAUAGAGCAUGCCAUUUUAAACAACUUUCCAAUUUACUUCCAUUAACAAAAUGUGCACAGUCUUUUUAUAUUUAAACUUUUUGAGUCACCAGCUCCCACUGAGCAUGUGCAAGAAUAAGUGUGUAUGCAUUUGUGAAUGGCUGAUGGCCGUCACAUGGUACGUGUAUGCAUUUGUGAUUGGCUGAUUGCUGUCACAUGGUACAGGGGGAGUGGAAAAAGACAUAAUUUUUAAAAUUGUCAGAAAAAAUCUACUACUCAUUAUAAGUUCAGACUAAGUGUUAUGGCAUUGUCUUGUUAUCUUGCAUUUGUUGAUUAUGCAAAUCUACUGUGUUGACUGGUCCUUUAAGUUUCAGGGCUUCAAUGCUUUGCAAUAUGCUGCAGGGGUUAAUGAUCACUAACAGCUCAGGUUUUCAGUUGCUGUAUUUGGAAGUGAGGCUCAUACAUUUGAAUUGUAACAUUCCAUGCGCAUCAUUUCUAUAGGAUUUUGUUUUCAGUGUGUUUACAAGACCGUUGCUGUCUUUACUCAGGUAUUGUUUAUAAGAGAAGUAACUAAUUAACCUCUCACAAUACACAGGGCGUUCUCUGAUUUGAUUGAAGUAAGAAGAAAUCUUUCAUCUUUUCAUCUGUGUUUUGAGAGUUUUGCUAUAAAAGUCAGAGCGUACGUCUGUCCCCUUCUUGUUUUAAGGGGCAGGAAACAUUUUAAACAAGAACCUGCUUUUUCAUUGCAGCACUCAUCAAUUUAAUUUAUGCCAGUUUUUUUUUAUGAUAGUUUAAAAAAAAAAGACAUCCUCUUAAAGGGAUAGAAAGUUCAAAAUUGAAAGGUGCAUGAGUGCAGUUACAUUUUGGCUAGAAACAUUGUUGCAAUAUACCGUACUUCCAUUAGUAAAAAUGCUUCUAGUAAAAAUGAUUACUGGUUUUCAGCAGCAUACGCACAUAUCCUGUUAGGGCACGUGCACCAGCACUAAAACACCCCUGCUCAGAGAGUCACCACUAUGAUAAUCACCACUGACAGCUCUCCGAGCUUGAAUAAUGGUACACGGGAGACUCACAGCAUAUGUGCGUAUGCCACUGAAACAGUAAUAACGUUUAUUAUAAGCUAACGGAAGUAUAUUGUAACAAUGCUUCUAUUAAAUAUUCAAAUGCACCCGUGCACAUUUCAAUUGUGACCUUUCUAUCCCCUUCUGCUCUAUUAAUCUCCAUGGCAAACGGUCCCUACAGCCUGUUAUGAUCCGUCUCUGUGGUUGCAAUACAUUUGUUAUAGAGCGCACUGCUAAUCUUACACCUGCAGAGACCAGCAGUCGGGAGCGUGUGAUAAAAGGCCCUACAGCUUCUGAUUAGCUAUAGGUAAAACAAGAUAAGUGUCAGCAUUGAUCGGCAGACAGUGGAUUCUAAAUGGCCAGUAGAAGGAUAACUUAUAAACAUAUUUCUUGUUUAAAGGGACAGUCUACCAUAGAAUUGUUAUUGUUUUAAAAGAUAGAUAUUCCGUUUAUUAUCCAUUCCCAUUACCCAUUUGUUGAUAAGCAUACCUAGGUAGGUAGUGUGCUCGUGUCUGCAGACACUGCUGCCAUUUAGUGUUCUUGCAACUGUAUACCAUUGUUAAAAAUAUUCUUGUAAACUGUUGACAUAUAGUGCUGCAGACGUGCACAAUACUCGGCCUAUCUACCUGAUUUACGAAAACAAAUUAGAUACUAGAAGUACAUUGAAAACUGUUUUUAAAUUGUAUGUUCUAUCUGGAUCAUGAAAGAAAAACAAACUGGAUUUAUUUCUCUUUAAACAGGAAUUUAAAGGUAAAAUGUUAGCACCGUGCUACACUGCUCUUCCAUUGUAUGUAAGAGGUUGAGAUGAAUUAUUAUCAGCUUGGGAUUGCAGCAUUAAAGGAACAAUGAACUAUAAUAUUUUUCUUGCCAAUUAUCCAUUUUAUCUACUGGAGUGUAUACAAUUGUUUACAAAUAGCUCCUUCACCUUUAUUUUAUCAUUUGAAAUAGCUGAUUUGUCCUGUUGUAUCGCCACCUAUACUGGACAUCUAUUACACUGUUGAUGCCGUUAGGACAGCAUGGAACGUCCUAACAUUUGAAGCAGUCCCCAGAUCCAAUCAGUGGCAUUGUAGUCACAUGAUUGCACCAGUGAUCAUGUGACUUCCUAUUUCUCUGAUUUGUUUACAUCAGAACUGUGUUCCAAUCUUGUCCAUUUGUAACCAGAAGGGAUAAAGUUCUGGUCACAAAAAACAUGUAAAUAAGAAUGUUUAGAUAAAAUAAUACUCCUAGUGGGGCACUGUGACAGAGAGGUACAACAUGUUUAUUUUCCAUUAUUCUCUCUAAGUACGGCAAUAAAGAAUAUAAAGAGGACUGUGUAAAUAAUUAGACCGAUAGAGAGGUAUUCUCUCCCUACAAGAUCAAACCAUUGUAUUGGGUUGUGGUUUUAAUUAGCAGAAACUGCUAUUUCAUGUACAAAUAUAUACCUAAAAUAACAAUUUCCCAUACAUUUUAAACUCUGCAGCUGAUAUAACAAAUUAUUGGAAACACAUAAGGAGAAAUCAAUUCUACAAUGCACUGUCCCUUUAAUAGUGAGAAACUAGGAUUCCUCCAUAAGUUAGUUUAUAGCGUUAAUAAAAUGUGAAUUUUACCCUUAUGUAGUUAGGUUAUUUUGUUGUGAAUAUAUUUGACUAAAGCUGAUGAAUACGUCAUUGAUACAAAGUGUCACAGAAUUACUCAGGUAUGACUGACAUCCUUCUACCUUAGAACUUAAUGCGCAGGGAGAUUCUUACUUACUUGCCUAAGGGCACCACGGCCAGCACAAAAUGACUAUGGUUGAAUAUGAGUAUAUUGUAAGCCUGUCAGAAAUAAUCUUUGUAAAGUUUUUUGCUUUUAGAAUUGUCUACUUGAAGUGUUUAACACUAAAAAAACCUGUACAGUGAAAUGUUAAUAAUACAACUAUUUAUUAAACUAUUUACCUGCUUUAGUAAGGGUACUAAUCUGUUUAGGAAAAUGAAUGGGUUAAUCAAUGAUCAAUUUUAUUUCUAAGUUUUCUAAAACUUUUUUAGGUUUUAGGAAUUGCACUUAAUGAUAAUGGUUUCUUCCUAAUGGUAACUAUUGCAAGACAUGUCGUGACUUUUUGUCUAUGCAGUGAUAUAAUAAACUUCUACCUCUA